GCAGGCAGACAAACCUCAAGGUUUGAUUUCCUCAAAUCUGCAGCGGGCCACCUCAACAUGCACUGCAACUUCACGGGGACGCUGCUCGUCAGCGUGCUCCCCGCACUUUUGUCCAUCGAGUUCAUUUUGGGGGCCCUGAGCAACGGCAUGGCCCUGUGGAUCUUCUGCUUCCACCUGCGGCCCUGGAAGAGCAGCACGGUGCUGCUCUUCAACCUGGCCGUGGCCGACUUUCUGCUCAACAUGAUUCUACCCUUCCGCGCCAGCUACUACAGCUCGGGCGUCAAGUGGAGAUUCGGGAGAACGCUCUGCAACAUCUCGCAGUUCAUGCUGGCCCUGAACCGCACGGGCAGCACCCUCUUCCUGAUGGCCAUCGCCUUGGACCGCUACAUCCGAGUGGUGCACCCGCACCACUUCUUUAACUUCCUGAGCCCCUCGAAAGCAAUGUGCGGAGCAGCCGCGCUCUGGCUGAUCACCGUCUGCAUGACCGCCAACGCCUUGACCCUGGAAAAUCUCCGCUCGGACUACUGUGAGAGCUUUCUGGUGGAAACCGCGGCCAAGGGGAACCGGCUCUGGCACAAAUUCAACUUUCUCUUCUCCUGCUGGGUGCCGCUCCUCGUCAUCCUGUUCUGCACCGUCCGCAUCAUCGUUCAGCUGAGAGGCAGACAGCUGAGUCAGCACGGGAAGAUCAAGAAGGCCCUUUGGUUCAUCACAGUUGUGGCGGUGGUAUUUACCGUUUGCUUCUUGCCUAGCAACAUCACACAGCUCAUUAUAUGGAUCAAAACCCAAGAGGCCCUCAAGGCCAUGUCGGCGCCUGAGGUAUGCGUUGCCAUGGACAACCUGACCGUGGUCUUCUACAUGACCGUCAGCCUCACCUACCUCAACAGUGCCCUGGACCCCAUCAUCUACUACUUCUCCAGUCCUACCUUCAAGAGCAUCUGCAGAAAGUCUCUCCACCUUCCACAGGCUGACACCAUCGACAGCACCGAGAGGAGGACCCGAGAGACCGGAUCCCACUCGUGCGGUCAGAUUUAGAAAGCGAAAGUAAGAAUUCUUGAGGUUACAAUGUUUGCUUUCUCAUAAAAUGUUUCAUACCAUUCUGUCUUGACUUUGGUGAGGGCGGUCUCAUUUUUUUCCGCUCCCUCUUUUUCCAGCUUACUCUCUUUGUUUUUGUCUUGUCUGAACUUUUUUGAAGCCUCUUUCUUUGCGCUGUCCUCAAAUCUAAACAUCAGACAUGGAAAUGAUCAGCUGGACUCUCGACGCAAUUGACAAAAUCUUUUCGACGAGGAAAAGAGGUUCGGGGGAGCCUGGCUGCCCUGAUGGAACCAUUGCUGCGGGGUACGUGAGAGAUUCCUGGGAUAAAUGGAGAACCAUGUGCCUCUCAGUCCUUUCCAUCGAGGACGUGGAAGACAUCUACCUAUUUGGAACCGUGAUCGCGGGGCACCUGCUGAUUGGGCUGGGCAUUGCUCUGGUGUAUCGUCAAAUUCGUAAGACGAUGGCAGCCACUCAAGGAGCCCAAAGGCUGUUCGUCGCAAUGGAAGGUUUGGGCAGGGGCUGUGGGAUCACAGACUGUGGCGAUUUCUGAACUGAAUCGCAAGAUGGAUCACAUCAUGGAGAAGCAUCUCCUCGCUGAGACGGGAAGUUGCCAGCCGAGUAGAGUUCACAAAAGCUACCAGUGAUGAACGCCACCUCCUCCAUGGACGUAAACCCUCAGCCCAACGUCUGAAGUCAAGGAGAAGCUUCCUCAGCAAUGUCCAGCCCCUAACAACAUCUCGGGAAGAAACCAGACUCCAGCUAUGGACACAAAGAUUAGAGAAAGACCCCCCUCCUAUUGACAUGGGAAUCCCCCCUUUUGAAGAUCUUCCCCCCGGGUCAGAAACACCAUGGGUCCAGUGGAAGACACUAAACCGCCUGAGAACAGGAACAGGGCGAUCAAAAGCUGCUAUGGCCAGAUGGGGCUACAAAACCGUCCCAACCACCUGCGAAUGCGGAGAGGAGGACCACACGAUGCAGCACUGCCUUGUCUGUCCUCUGCUACUCAACCAGUGCAGCUUAAAAGAUCUCGCAGAGUUCAACAACAAUGCAAAAGACUGUGUAAAGAAAUGGGAAACUGUCAUAUAACCACAUGCUUCAAAGACACGAAAAGAAGAAGAUGGAGAAGCUUGCUGAAAAGGAAAAUUGAAUUGAAUUUGAACGCACCCAGCAUGGACGAAUAGAACAAACAAGUCAUUGUUUUGUCUGCUCGCGGAAAACAAACAUCCUAAUCUACGAUUUGACUCCCUCGAAUGGCCUUGACGCUGUGAAAACAGGACCAGGCUGUUCUGAAAAACACCCCCGAGGACACUUCAAUGAUGGACGCUUUUGACCUCGCUCCCUCCUCAACGACACCUGGAGUCGAACUUUUGCAGAUCGGCCUCAGUCUAUAAAAAACAUUACAUCAUCACACCCAAGACAAUUGAGCACCACACGCACACACGCCCCCUCCCCCAACACACGCCUUCACCACCGCUUGUGGUCGGAUGGCAGCGCUUCAUAGCAGCGGUCGCCUUCCAGGGCCCCAAAUCCCCGCCUCACUGUUGCGAGUUUGUCGUGAUUAAAUGUAACGUGUUUAUGUGCAUGGAGGUUUUUUCCCACUCCAGACUAGGCCCCCUUAGGAGCCCAGUCGAGAUUGUAUUUUUUUACUCAUCUUUUUACCUUUUUCCCAUCUUUUACGGAGCGCCUUGUGGCGACCCAUCAGCGUUCCUGUUCUGUAACCCUGUACACUGUUUGUUUGUCUAAUCUUGAACGGGUUUGUGCUGAAAACAAAGUUUCGUUGUACUUGUGCAAUGACAAUAAAGACCUAUCCAUCUAUCUAUCUAUCUAUGUCAAGGAUUAAUGUUACCUGCACUUUCGAUGUGUUUCUUCCUAUGUUGACCAUAAGCGGUCUUGUGUUUAGCCAAAUUAUAUUCUGAUAUUCUUUACAUUUGUGUUUAUGAAACGUCAAGAUAUGUUCAGUUGGAUAUAUUUUGCUACAAAAUACAGGCCAACACAUUUUUCCCAUCUAAAUGUCCAGA